AUGGUUUCAAUCAAUAGAAUAUUGUGUUGCACACUGAUCAUUGCAUCUUGCUUUGCACUCUACACUUCUGCUCAGUACCAGCCAAACUGGGAGAGCAUCAACAGUAGACCACUUCCAGAAUGGUAUGAUGAGAUCAAGUUUGGUAUAUUCAUUCAUUGGGGAACAUUCUCUGUGCCUGCUUUUGGUAAUGGUACCACCGCUGAAUGGUACUGGUACUACUUGAACACUAGAGACGACGGUGGCUAUGUCAGCCAGUACCACAACAGCUCGUUCGGUCCGGAGUUCACCUACCAAUCGUUCGCUCCAAUGUUCACCGCUCAUCUGUACGACCCAGAUCAAUGGGCCGACCUCUUUGUCCGCGCCGGUGCCAAGUACGUCGUGCUGACCACCAAGCAUCAUGAGGGUUUCACCAACUGGCCCAGUGCACAGGCUUGGGGCUACAAUGCCGUCGAUGUCGGUCCACACAUGGAUCUCGUUGACAAGUUUGCCAACUCCAUCAAGAAGGCUGGUCUUCGCGUUGGACUCUACUUCUCGCUCUUUGAGUGGUACAACCCCUUGUACAUUGCUGAUGCCAACUCUGGCUCCCCACCCACCACCGACGUCUACGUCCAAGAUGUCAUGAUGCCCCAGCUCUACGACCUCAUCAACAGCUAUGAGCCAGACCUUCUGUGGACUGAUGGUGACUGGCUGCAACCAUCGAGCUACUUCCACUCGGUAGACUUCAUCUCGUGGCUCUACAAUGACAGUGCUGUCAAGGAUCACGUGAUCAUCAAUGAUCGUUGGGGCUCAGAGACACGUGGCGUCGACGGUGGUUUCUUCACCGACGAGCAGUUCACUCCAGGCCAUCUCAGCGACCACAAGUGGGAGAGCUGCAUGACCAUCGGCUACUCAUGGGGUUACAACCAAUAUGAGGACGCUGGCAACUACCAGACCUCGACCUCUCUCAUCCAGACUCUGAUCGAGACCGUUGCCUGCGGUGGCAACCUGCUGCUCAAUGUCGGACCAACCAAGGAGGGCAUCAUCCCCAUCAUCAUGCAGACCCGUCUCCUUGAGAUUGGCGCCUGGUUGAACGUCAAUGGCGAGGCGAUCUACGGCAGCAAGCCAUGGAGAGCCCAGAACGACACUGCUGACAUCUGGUACACAUGGAACACCACCACCACCAACGUCUACGCCAUGAGCUACAGCUGGCCAAUCGACAGCACCCUUGUGUUGCCAACACCAGUCGGCAGCAGCGAGACCAAGAUCACCCUCUUGGGCUAUGACGAGCCAAUGUCCUUCUCCCACGACAGCAAGGGAGGUAUCACCAUCAAGUUGCCCCAGCUCACUCCAUCCCAGUAUCCAACACCACCCUACACCUUCAAGUUGGAGAAUGUCAAGUAA